GAUUGGCCGCCCGGGGCGCGUGGCGGCGGCCGUUCGUGCUUUUGAAUGCUGAGGGAGCUGCGCGCUGCUGCCAUGGCUGUGUCGGGGACCCCGCGCUGCUGCUCCCAGGGGGGUGCCGCUUUUCCAGCAUGUACCCCACUGCCAGGAUCCUGUGGUUUUAAAUCUUCAGAUGCUCUGAAAAGUUCUCUGUCAUCUGAGGUGUGUCGACGGGUCAGGAAACAGAAUUGUGAGGCAAAUCUGAACAGUAAGAAGAGUGCACCUACCCCUGUGACCAGAAGAUUUGCAUCCCUUGAAUCAACACCAGCUAAUGGGACUCUGAAGCCUAAAAAAGACCUUAUGCUUAUGAAAGAGAAAAAGAAACAGAAGACACUGGAGAAGGAGAUUCGUGCUUUAGUUAGAGAGCGUGGAGAGCAGGAUAAGAAACUUCAGGCUCUGGAAGAGGAUUUUGUUAAAAUUGAAGCAAAACUGAGUGCUGCAGUUCAGGAGAAGACAUCUCUUUUGGCAAAUGUUGCAUGCCUGAAAAAACAGCUUCUGGAACUAACAAGGACCAAUGAAUUUUUAAAGUCUAAGCUGUCUGAAGAUGGCAUGCAGAAGAAAAUGAGCAGCCUGUGCAUGGAGUUAAUGAAGCUCAGAAACAAGAGGGAUGCUAAGGAGAAGACUGCACUUGCAAAGCAGGAAAACAUGGAAAUGAAGCUGCAGGAAGUACAAAGGAAUCUAGAGCAUUCCAAAGGCAAAGUAGCACAGUUAGAAGAAAAACUGUCUGCUACCGAGAGAGGGAAAGCUGAAGAAAAAUCUGACACUGAAAAACUCCUGGAAUAUAUCACAGAGCUCAGUCAUGUUGCAGAAACUGUUGAGAAAUACAAACUAGAUGUUGCCCAAAUGGAGGAGACACUGAUAAAGAAAGACCAAGAUAUUGAGAUCCUGAGGGAUACUCUCAAAACAGAAGAGGAACAAUCAUCUGAACUGAUAAAAGAACUUAAUGAAAAGUGUCAAUUGCUUCAACAAGAAAAAGAGAAAGAGUUGUCCGAGACAAGAGAAAAAUUUUUGAGUUUGAAUGCUGAAAUAGAAGACCUGAAAAGAAAAAUGUGCUUAGAAGAACAAGAACACCAAAAGCUGCUUCAGAAGCAUGAGGAGGUUGUCUCUCAGCUGCAGCAAGAGAAGGAGUCAUCUGCAUCAAUGCAUCAGAAGUUACUAGAGUUUCAAGAUGAGGUAACAAGUGACAGACGUCUUCUUGAGGAAGAGCUGAAUGAUACAAUGAAUGAGCUGAGUAAAUUACAUGCUAAGGAGAAGAAAGCUGAAAAGUUGGUGAAGCAGCUGGAACAAGAAAUGAAAUCUCAAGCUCUUGAACUUGCACAGAUGGAAGUCAAGUUAAAUGGGAAGAAUGCUGAGUUGGAGCAAAUCAAGGAAAUGCACAGCAAUGCAGUUCUGCAAAUGCAGGAAGAGCACAGCAAUACAUUACGUAAACUUGGAAAGAGUGUUGCAGAGUUUGAAAGCUACAAGAAGACAAUAGCUGAAGAAAUACACAGUCUUAAACUGGAGAACACCUCUCUGCAAGAAGAAGUUGCUAACCUAAAGAAAAUAGGCCAAGAUAAUUUACAGCUGCUUCAGGAAGCAGAAAAAACUAAAAACAAAGCAAAAGAAGAAUGUGCAAGGAUGCUUUUGGAAGUCCAGACAAAGCUUGCACUGAAAGAAGCGGAAACAGAGGGAACAAAAGAGUCUUACCUUGCACAAAUUGCUAAACUUAAGGAAAAACUGGAAAGGCAAACUGAAGAUCUGAAAAGAAAACUUGAAGUGGAAAGAUCAAGGAAAACCAUAAACGAGGAUGUGACCUCUAGCUUAAAAGAAGAGAUAAAGACCUGGCGUAAUCUAUAUGAAGAUUUACAUAACAAAACUAAGCCUUUUCAGCAACAACUAGAUGCAUUUGAAGCAGAGAAGACUGCGCUUUUAAAUGAGCAUGGUGCAACCCAAGAAGAACUGAAUAAGCUAAGUGAUGCAUAUGCUAAAUUACUUGGCCACCAGAACCAGAAGCAAAAAAUCAAGCAUGUUAUGAAGCUGAAAGAAGAGAAUACCCACCUGAAGCAGGAUAUCUCAAAACUGCGUGCAUUGCUAGCCAAAGAAAAGCAGACCAGCAGAGAUCUUCAGGAGCAGCUGUAUGCGAUUCAGGGCAUUAGGCGUUUUGAUUAUUCCAAAGCUUUCCAGCAUGAUAGCAAGGAAAACAUUGUUCCAAAAACUCCUUUAAAAGAAGGUAAUAAAAACAAAAUUUAAUCUCUUCUUGGAAUUAAGAAAAAAAAAAUCGCCAAUAGUAGUGUAUGACGGAAGACUUUGACAGACUACUUAUUCAAGAUGAACUUGGAUGCAAUAUAUAGUAAAAAUUAGUAGCAGUACUAGAGAAAUGGUCUAAAACUGUAUUUUUACAAAAGCUAUGCUUGGUUGUACUCUUACUGAGAAGCCCUAGGUGACUGUAUGUUCCAGACCCCUGGUAACAUCGUUGCACUCCUGAAUUCCAAAAAGUGUUCAGUUACACCAGGGUUUUUUAUAUGCUGAAGCUGCUUAGUUUGCUUCUGUUCAGAAAAGGUGAAUAAGCACUGAAGAAUAAGGAUGCAAAUGAAAUCUGAUUUCACAAAAGAUGUUUUUUGCAUCAAUUUCAUGCAUAAAAACUUAAAUUAAUUUUGCUGUUCAUGGUUGCUUCAAUGCUAAGGGCGGGAAUGCUGCCAAAAGAUCCUUUUUCCUCUCUGGCCUACAUAAUAUAUAUCCAAUCUAGAAAAUUGGUCUGUAAAGUUAGUUUUUGUAUUCUUAAUGGGAUCUAUAUUCAGGACAAGCUAAUUUUAAAUCCUGGAGCUAGAUAUUGCAGCUGUUCAUCUUCAGAAGAGGAUUUUCAGGUCAAAUGCAAAUUGACUGCAUUUACCUAAAUGGUUUGCUUGCUGUGGCUGAUUAGUGUGUUAAGAGAAAUGUCUAUUUUAUGAAUGCUGUGGUCACUGGGCUCUUAAAUUGUCAUAAUAUCUUUGUAGCCAGCUGUUGUAGUUAAUCAAUGCAAUAUGAAGAGGAAUAACUGAACUUGUCUUAAUGGGGUGGGAGGGUAACUGCUGUACAUGCAUUUAUUGUACAGGCUUGAAUUUUAGCAAAGUGGAAAGAAUUGGUUUAACUGCAUCUAACAUUAAGAAUAUUUUAGCACAAUAAAAAUUUAAAUUUAAA